CUCAGAGUGUUAAAUACACGCACACUACACUAAAUCACAUCAUAAAAAGCAUUUUAAUACAAUAAAACUUACUAGUUUGGAUAUUUAAUUAGUCAAAAUUAAGCAAUUAAAUAAGUGAAAGUUCUUGGAUAAUGUACAAAAAACAAAAUGACUUUUCAAAAUUCCAAUAUAAAGAUUUUCAUGCAGUGUUAAAUAUCUUCAAUAUUUUAAUUAUAUAUUAAUAACACUUGAAAAAGUUUAUAUAUUAUUUCAUCCUUAUUCUAAGCUAAAUUAAUGGACAAAAAAAAAAAAAAACUCUAUUACUCUAUAAUUAUAAAUUAAAACUUUAUAUACUUUAUAUAAUUAAAAUAUAAUAUAAAUAAUAUUUUUAUAAAAUGUAAAUUUUCCUUUCCAUCGCGAAACGUAAAAUUUAGUUACAGGAUCCUACGUGACUUGUUCUAGAUGAUAUCUAUACAAUUGAUACGAAUUAUUGUUGAAUGUCUUAUUAAAUUGAGUUAUAAAUUUUCUUUUGGAUAAAAAUUAAAUUAGGGAUCUAUUAAUAGUCAUUUUAUAAAAGAAAAUCUAUAUUAAAAAAGAAAAAAGAAAAUUCCAUUUAAGAUCAACUGUUCAAAUAAAAAAAUAAUUUAGCCCCUAAUUCUAUAAAAAAAUAACAAAUCUAUCCUUUUAUCACUUUUAGUUAAAAUAACUCCAUUAAAGAGUGUUAUUAACUCUUUAACAGAUUUUGAUAUAAAAAAAAAAAUUGAUAUCUAAAUGUUUUUUAAUUGUCAACAACGAGACUGAAAUCGUGAUCAUCAUCGAUCUAACCUCCAUCACCACCGGUAAUGUCAUUCAGACCAUCAAUCUUAAAAUCUUUCCAACAUGAAAACAACAAUUAAAACAAGACUCAAUAACAACAUUAAAAAUUAAACCAAAAAAAUCUAUCUAAAAAGCAUUUAAUCUAGACCAAUCUUAAAACUUUUUCAUCACCAAUCCCCAAUACUAGUUGAUACACUACCCUCAUUAUCGACGUUAAUAUCAACAAUAAAAGAUAAUAAAUAGAACAAGAUCCAACAACAGCAUCAAAAAUUAAAUUAAUAAAAAAGAAAUUGAAUCCAAACCAACCACAAAACUUCUCCAUUGCAAAUCUAACCGUUAGUUGCCUCAUCAUCCAUAUCUCUAGAGAAAGGAAAUAAUUUAGAAUGUGAUUUUAAGAAGAUGAUAAUACGUAUAAAGUGAGGAGGAAAGAAAUAAAGAAAAGGAUUCAAUAGUUUUAUUUCAUACAACUGAAGAAAUUAAAAGUUUUCUUUUAAUUCUAAAAAAAUAAGGGUUAUGUGAGCCAAAAAUGACAAGUUGUGUGCUGAAGUGAUCUAAAAAAUAAGGCUAUGGGGUAAAUUGAAACUUAUUCCUGAAACAAAAAAUAAAAGUAAAGCGUCUUUUUUAUCCAAAAUGGUCAAUAAGUAAAACAAUUUGUUUGGCGCUCUCGCGUAAUUUUACAAAUCAAAAGGCAGGAAAGAGAGGAAAGAAACAAGGCAAAAAAAGAAAGGAAAGAAGAAGAAGAAGGAAAGGAAAUAAUGUCAGGUGAUGAAGAACCAAAAUCCAUAUGGCAAUGCCAAGUGUCACUGUGUAUUCAAUCGCAGGCUUCUCUCUGUCCCUCACUCCAACUCAUAUCUUUCUCAUUAAUCUUACACUGCUACUUAGCUCUCCUGAGCGUGGACUCUCUGGAGCGAACUUUUGAGGAUGCAUUCAACAGCCAGAAACAGGGAGAUAAUCGAUAGUGAAGAAAGGAACAAUCAAAAAACUAAAUUUCGUCCAUGUGGAGAAAGCAGAUCAAAGAGUUGCGAGACUUCAGCUUCCCAUAAAGUAAAUAAGUUUAACUCUUUCGAUUUGCCACCACGCAGGAUAGGAGAUGAUGGGCAUUACUAUGAAUGUGUAAUCUGUGAUAAUGGAGGUGAUUUACUUUGCUGUGAUACUUGCCCUGGCACUUAUCAUCUCCAGUGCCUUACUCCACCUCUUGAAUUGGUUCCAUCUGGCAAUUGGCAAUGUGAAAAUUGCUGUCAAGCUGCUGAUCUUUUAACUCCACUGAAGUAUCUUGAGGGUCUGAAAAGAAAUGCAUCUAAUGAAAAUGCUACCAAUCAUGUUGGUGAUCAAAAAGAGACCGAGACUUCUACUGCUGUGAAUGAAAUUAAAGUCUACAGAAGACGUGUGAGGAAGAAAGAUGUUGAACUGGAGGAUAACCAUCCUAGAAAGUUAACCAGGGUUAAUGAUUCAUCUGAGAUAGCAAAUGAAGAUCAAAAAGACAUACCUGCUAUAGAUACUUCAGGAUUGUUUAAUCCUUCAAGCAUUAAAUCUGAUCAGUCUGCUGAACAGGCUGAUGAAAUCUUGGAAAACGAUGAUCUUAGUGCAUCAAGGUCUCUUCAACCAAAAGAGUCUAACCAAAAACCAGUGGAAGAGCAAGGGGGAGAAACAGUAUAUCGGGCAGGGAACAUCAAUGUUUGUACCAAUAGUCCUAAGACAGAUCAGUAUGACAAGCUCUGGAUUUUGAGGGAUGUCAUGCAGGAGUCAAUGAACGGGCAGCACUUUAAGCAGGAUAAUGUGGGCAGGGAUUUGCAGCAGGCUCUACAUCCAUAUUACACAGAAUCUGGCAAAGCUAAGAAAGAGAAGUUUGCCAGGCUUCGUGCAAGACAGAAACAAAAACUUGCCCUCAGGUGCAGAAGCAGGGGACUGAUUUCUAGUUCAGGAAUAGUUGGCCAGGAACCACUUGUUCAGUUGCGUAGAGAACUCGGUGAAGCAGCAAAGGAGAAAAAGACUUCAAUAGACAAGUUGCUAUACAAAACUUCAGACCAGUUUCAUGGCCAUUCGAAUUGUUUUCAAAAUCUUCCCAUCACAACAGAUCCUAGAAGAUGGCAAACUAAAUUUGUAGGAAACUAUCCUGGUUGUUCAUCCCAUCAGGCAGAUGCAGGAUGUUCCCCUAGGAUUGGCAUGAGCUAUCAGAAGUCUAGUAACCCUGACGUUUCAUUGCAGAUGCUGAUUCCCCCUGCAAUAUCUAUAGGAGAAAAUGGUCGUCCUUGGAUGAAUUCAGCUUCAAACUUGUCAUCUACUUCACAAUUAAGUGGUUGCAUGACAGAGAUGUCGAGAAACUUGAGAAAAGAUGAAGCCAUGGUAGACGUUUGGUUAGAGGAGGAGCUUGAUUCACUUUGGAUUGGUGUCCGCAGACAUGGGCCUGGAAAUUGGGAACGCAUGCUAAGAGACCCCUCGCUGUCUUUCUCCAAGCAUAAAACUAUUGAGGAUCUGUCGCAAAGGUGGAAGAAGGAGAGACUUAGAAUCUUAAACCCUGGAAUUUUGCGGUUUCCUAGGAAUCAGCUGCCAUCAAGUAGGGGAAAUAGAGCUCAGCCGAACCUUCUCCUUGGUGGAUUAAUUAACAUUGCAAAUGUGAAAAUAGACCAGGAAGUAAGCAGGAACUCGGGCCAAGUUCACAGGCAUGAAGGAAAGGAAUUGUCCUCAGAGGGUACCAUCUCUGACUAAAAAUUUCCAUAGUAGUUUUUAAGAAAUAUCCAUCUAUGUUUGUUUAUCGACUAUGUUUGAAUAUCUCAGAACUAUGAGCUGCAUUUUAUGUUAGAAUCCAGUGACAGUGAAUUUAUCCAUUCU